CGUUUUACAUGCUGAUUCGAAGUUCGUGUAAUUAAUCGCCAAAUCUUUUUUUCUAGAAUUCUAGAUUAAAUUUUAUCUUUUACCUCGUAUCGCUUAUUACAUGAUACAAACUGGAGCCGAUUAGCAUGCCACAUUAUAUUUGCGUUCGAUUCCAAGUUGAUGGGCGAAUUGUCGUUGUUCACGAAUCAUGGCUGGUUGGUGAAGCCCAUUGUAGAUGGCCUCAAUCUGGCAACAUUGAAGAAAUGGUAAAAAUUGGAACGAAGCCAAAAUCUGAAUGGGGUGUUUGGGAGAUUGAUAUUCUAGGCGGAGAUGACGAAUAUGAGACUUGUUCCAGAAGAGCUUACAGCACACAACAAUCAUGGGGAUCUCAUACUAAAGUACAGACGUAUCCAGAAAACAAAGACAUUCCAAUCCCACCUGUACCAACUCCACAGAAUGUUAGCAGUGCAGACCGAUCUUUGAUGGAGACUGAGAAAGACACGGCAUCAACGACCAGCAGGGCAUUGCUUUCACACAAUCCUCGUAAACGAAAAGCUCCAUCAGAUUCUGAACUCAAAGCAACCUUGAAACGACUCGAACAAUCAAUUUCUCUAAUUAAUAAAAAUUUAUCGGGUCGGCUUAAAGAUAUUGAAGAUAAAUUAAAACCAAUUUUGAAUGAUUCUUCGACAACUUCCUUCAACAGCGGUAAUCGCAGUCCAUUGAUAACGCCAUCUUACAGUCCAAAGUACGACAGAAAUGAGAAACAUGAACGACAUUGUCAUACUGUAAGGUCUCCUGCUAACACAAUGGAAGAACUGGAUGAAUGGUUAGAUGCACAGGACACUUACGCAGUUGCCAAACGAGUCUCAAACGUCCAACUUCGAGCGACAGUUCGUACUUUUAUGAAAUGUGUGAUGACCAAAGCGUUGGCGAAACAAUUCAGUUGGAGUGGUUUUGGAAGCCGAAGAUUGAAAACCAAAACUAGUUUCAGAGAUCAUAAAGUCUUCAAUUACCUCAUUGACGUUCUUCAUGACACUCCUCAUAGAAGAGCACCUCAGUCAGAAGUAGCGGAUUCAAUCAAAAAAGUACUGAUGGGCGUCGGAGAUUGGGACGGUGGCAGAACUAGAAAGUUUGCCUCUGCGGCCGCAACUUCAGAAUCAUUCCCAACGAUCGCGUUCUUUCCGUGAUCGCUUUUGAAAGUUUUUUAGAUUUGAUCAACAUCUGGAUGUUCUCACUUUGAGUGAAAAGUUUGGCGAAGGACAAAUAUUGAUAAGACUAGUCUUUUGGAAGACUUUGGUCAGAGCUAUUCAUGUCAUGCCCCUUGAUAGAAACUGUAAAGCGGGUAAUAGUGUUACAUUUAGUCUGAUGGAAGGCUGAUGAAAAUUUUUGUUGGACUGCCUUUAAUUAAAGCAGACCCAAAAU